AUGACAAAUAACGUAAUAAAUAAUCUUAAUAAACAGAUUAGCAAUUUAAACAAUUUAAAUAAUACAACGACAAAGUUCAAAACUUUUUUUGAAAAAACAAAAUUUCCAGUAUUGGUAGAUGAUGCUGAGAAAAAUUUAAAUGAUUUAUUUUCAAUUAAGAAUAAUAAUUCAAAUGCUGUUGCAAUUCCAACACCAGUUAAUACUGAUAAUAUUUUUCAUGAAAUAAAAGAAAAGAAAGAUUUAAAGCAAUAUUACACUUUAAUUCAUAAUUCUUUUAAAGCUAAUGAUGAAAAAGUUAAAAAUGAACAAUCUGCUAGAAAAAAUGACAUUAAGCUAGAAAGUUCAAUUAAGGCAUCAAUAGAAAGUAUUAAAGGUAAUUUUGAUAAAGUUAAUGAGUUAUUUGAAAAAUCUACAAAAGAUGCUCAGCAUUGCAUUAAUGUACUAGAAGCUGAAUAUGUUAAUCCUGAAAUACUAAAAGCUUGUGAAGUUUCUACUGCUAGUAAUGUAAAUAAUAGUAUAAGCCAGAUUGAAGCUGCAUUAAAAUCAAUUAAAAGCGAAACUUCAAAGGUAAUUUCAAAACAUAUAGUUGGAAGUUUUGAGUAUUCUGCAAGAUUUACAGAUAUUUUAGCUGCAAAAAAUUAUUUUAAAGCAUUGAAAGAACUAAAUAAUAAGGUGGUAAUUGAUUACGCUAAAUUUGAGGAUCAUCAAAGGGCUACAUCAACAUUUCAAAAUGCUGCAAAAGAAAUAUUUGAUAUAAUCUUAGAUUUACAGGUAGAUAUUGCAGAUAUAAUUAAUUCAUCUAAUAAAGGUUCUAUUGCUGAAGAAACAAAUAGGCCUGAAUUAG